AUGCUAACAUGUCGAUUUUACCUCCAUACAGGUAAACUGGCCCCCCGGCUCGCUGAGGACAUCCAGUUAUACGAUCCAGAGCACCCUCCCAACACCGGUCUCAACUUACUCUCAGAGACUCCUCCCGUCUAUUCCGACAAAACAGACAAACGCUACGAAUUUAUCUCGCCUGAUGCAUGCAAGCAUAACUAUGUGACCAAAUCGAACCAAACUUUCCUGGCGCAGACGGACCAGCAACGCCGACCCGGGACGUCCUCCAAGGUCUCCGCCAUGUGCUCCAAAUGUCGCUGUCAUUUGCAGCUGGUCGUCAACCACAACAAUACAGGAAGCUCAUUCACACGAUCUCAGAAAGGAGACCAUAUCCAUCACUUGGUCUAUAAAUCUGGGAGACAGAGAGGUAGCACGUCGGUGGAGGAGAUGACCACCAGCGGGCAAGUGGCCGAAACAUACCACUUUCAAUGCUCCCACCUCUCGUGCUCCGCUAUGGUGUCACUCCGAAUAAUGUCACCAUUAUUGAACACAAAUUUUGUUCAAACGCUGACAGAUGUCGAUGCGGUUCGCAAACGAGCAGACGAGGCGAUCGCAGCGAACCCGGAUCGCCUAGAAGGAAUGACUGGUCCUUUGCCAAUAACCGUGUUAGAUAAUCUUCGCAUCUAUCUCAACAACUCCCUGCAUAACAAAGAGCUUAACAAGGACAUAUCUGCUAUUAACAAGCGGUUCAUUCUUGCGUUUGGCCUAAAGGGCGCCCCCUGCAGGGAAGUGUUGGAGUUUUUGGGCUUUACCUAUCUCGAAAAUGGCGCAUGGCAGCCUCCAAAGCCGGAGCCGGGAUUGACGAAGCCUUACCAAGACGCCCUCUCCAUCUUCCUUGACGACGCUAUCCAUGAACUGCAAGCCCUGAUACAUAAUAGACCGAACUCGGAGAAACGAGCUGUGCAAAUUCAACUUCCCCCGACAUCCUCAAACGACAUCCUCCAUGCUUUAGAGGCAGCAGACUACCCGAAAUCUCUACAUGCAAGCACUUUCGAUAUGCCACCUGCCCCGUUUUACGAAGACCUCGGGGCUGUCGAAGAUAUGGAUGCUUCGUUGAUCGUGGAAGCCUACAAUCGUCAGAUCUCUGUGGAUCCAUCCCGAUCAUCACUGUAUUUGGGAUCGCUCAAGGCUAUUGGCACUUUACGGCGUGGCCAGGACUGGGAGAUCAUCGACCAUGCAGCCCAGGUGGCCUAUGCGGAAGGCAAAUACACAAACGACGACGUAAUCGAAGCAUACAAAUAUUUUGGGCUCUGGCAUGAUGAUCCAAACAUCACGGAAGACACUAUCAUAGGAAAGUUCUACGCCUUUCUGAGCUCGACUUCUCAUGAAACCGAAGCACGACAGCAGCUGUGGCGGAUCGGGAAUAGCAGAGGCAGCGAACGCAUCAAAGCUGCUUCGGAGGAUCGCGUGUCCACUGUCGAGCAAGCCCAGGUUUUCCUUGGAGUUGAUGACAAAACCCCCGAUGAUUUCAUCAUCACAAUGUACACGGCGAAGGUCAAUGACAACCCGUCAUGUAAGGAUACGGCCGAUCGGGCUGUCAAGCUCAUUGCGGAAUCUCGCAAAUCAAUCGGGUUGAACCAUUUUCUUAAUACCGGCGAAACAGUGUCAGGUGAAAUGGGCAUUGGAGAUGCGUACCGUUUACUCCAAAUUCCAGACAGAACCGCAGAUGAAGAGGCAGUCAUGGCGGCUUAUACAAUUUGCAUCGAUGAUAGUCCCGACCAGGCCGAACUCUACAAUCGUGCAUUGAGUGUAAUCGCCAAAGAGAUGGAUAGCCAAUUACUCAAAGGCAUGGCUGGUAUCUCCUCUGAUGUCAGUCAGAACCUGGCAGAAUGGCCCGUUGGCUUACAGAAUAUCGGCAACACCUGCUACCUCAACAGCCUCCUCCAGUUUUAUUUCUCUGUUCGCCCCUUCCGAGACAUGGUCCUUGAUAUUGAAAGGCACCAAAUGGAUCUGAACGACAUCCCAGGGCUGGCAAACAAGAAGGUUGGCUCGCGCAAGGUGACUGGAAAAGAAGUCCAACGAUCGCUCACAUUUCUCGGAGAACUUCGAACAUUGUUUCAGAAUAUGAUCACCUCAUCACAGUCUUGCGUAGCUCCUACUCGAGAACUUGCUAGGUUGACACUUAUCAGCCCUGGAAACGAGGAAGCAAUUCGUCGAAGGUCGACAAUAUCCAAACCCCAGGCAUUGGGGGAAAUUGGUGGGGCACCUAUUUUAGGGCCCCUUGGGCCUCCUCAGCCCAUUGUCGAGAUGAAAAGCGAGCAUCUCGUGAGCUCAGGUGCUGACCAGCAAAUGCCUACCAAGGGUGGAAGUGAUGCGGACAGUGAAGCGACGUUGGUAUCCGAGAGCAAUAACCCUGCACCACCUGCGCAUUCUGCCGUCGAAGAGAAUGAGCAAACCAAUUCUGAAAAUGCACUUUCUGAAGCUGAAGGUUAUGUGAAGAUCGAGGCGGGUGACCCUGCUUCGUCUACGCCUGAACAUCCCAGCCGACCACCACCCGUUCCCCCAAGGCCUGUGGUCGAAGUCGAUCGUCAGAAACAAUUGCUGGAAGAGGUAGAAAUCGGUGCGCAGCAGGAUGUCACGGAAGUGAUCAACAAUGUUCUCUUCCAAAGCCAGUGCGCCAUCAGACCGCUAAGUGUGGCCAGUGACGGGGAGCAGGUGGACCAAAUUAAAGAUUUGUUCUACGGCGAAAGUCGAUCCUACAUUUCUACCCAAGCUGGUACCCGAUCCAAAGAGGAAAGAUGGUGCGAUAUCAAGGUUGAUGUGGCGCAUGGUUCACGGGAUAUCUACUCUGCCCUCGAUGGCGCUUUUGAUGCCCAGAAGAUCAGCGUUGAGAACUCCGUAGCCGAACAAUUUGGCUCGAUCACCCGGCUUCCUCCCAUUCUUCAAAUCCAAGUUCAACGCGUCCAGUUCGAUCCAGUCAAAAAGAGCUCUUUCAAAUCGACAAAUCAUCUUGGGCUUCUGGAAACCAUUUACAUGGAUCGAUACAUGGAUACCCAGAAGCCAGAGAUUGUGAACAAACGCCGUCAAGGCUGGGAACUUAAGAAAGCUCUCAAGACGUGUGAGGAACGCAAGCUAGAGCUUAUGAGGAAACAGGAGACUGAUGGCCAAGAUUUGGCGCAGCUGCUUCGAGGCACUAGAGAUGUGCUUCGAGAUCUGCCGUGGGAGGAAGAAGGAAAUGUUGACGCCAAUGAGUCACUUAGCAAUGAGGUUGACCAGCUCGCGGAGGCCGCGGAGGCCGAGCUUCAAAGCCUCGACACGGAGAUUGAGACCAUACAGACCCAAAUCUCGAAUCAAUUUGCCGAAUACAGAUACCUACCUUACCGGUUAUACGCAGUGUUUGUGCACCGUGGGUCUGUUUCUUUCGGACAUUACUGGAUCUAUAUCUACGGUUUCAACCGUGACAUCUGGCGCAAGUAUAACGACGAGUACGUGACCGAGGUCCAGAACCUGGAUGAGAUAUUCAAGAACAACGACCCUGCAAACCCGCCCACCCCGUACUUCCUUGUCUAUAUAAACGACAAAAUGAGAGAUCGUUUGGUCGAUCCAGUUUGCCGUGACCUCGCUGAGCCGAUGCCCGACGUGCAGAAUAGUGACUCCAAUCUCGCGGGCGCUGUUCAACCCACGGAAGCCCCUCCUCAAGACGACGUGCCUAUGGACCAGUCGACUGAUUAG